AUGCCUAUCGAAAUCCCUUCACCUACAGGUCCGAUAGCCAACGAACCCGACUCAGACUCGAUCAAGCAUGAAGGAUCAAAGAAUGGAAGCUUGCAGGAUAGAGACUGCAUUGACGAGAAGCUUCUCAUAAUCAUGGUCGGCCUCCCUGCACGCGGUAAGAGCUAUGUAGCCAAGAAGCUCUGCCGCUAUCUUAACUGGCGUCAACAUCCCACAAGGAUAUUCAACGUGGGCGAUCGUCGUCGCAGACUAACCAUUUCACCGCUUGGACACCCUGUGACAACAGGUGAACACUCUGCCACCUUCUUCGACCCGGAGAACCGAGAGGCCCAGAGGACCAGGGAAGCCGUUGCGCUGGAGACGCUUGAUCGUUUGUUGGACUUCUUACUCGAUCCGAAGGCCGGAGCUCAUUGUGCUAUCUUUGAUGCUACCAACAGCACGGUCGACAGGCGAGUGGCGAUUGUUGAUAGGGUUCGACGGCGCAACGAGAGAACUCUCAAAGCUCUUUUCGUGGAAAGCCAUUGCUAUGACGAGAGGCUCCUAGAAAUGAACAUGCGGCUCAAACUCUCCGGACCUGACUACAAGAAGCUAGAGCCCGGACUUGCACUGGAAGAUUUCAAACUCCGAGUCAGGAUGUACGAGAAGAAGUAUACGCCAUUAGGAUACUACGAAGAACAGCACGACAUCCCGUUCUGCCAGAUGAUAGAUGUCGGAAGGAAGUUCGUGUCGCACAAGAUCAUGGGCCAUCUCGCCUCGCAAGUCGCGACGUAUCUGCAGCAUUUCAAUCUCCAACCACGCCAGAUAUGGCUCACGCGCAAUGCUGAGUGUGCUGUGGACGUGUCUGGAUUGAGUGGCACCGACCCGGGUCUGAGUUCGCAAGGUGUUGAGUUUGCUCGGGCGUUAGCUACUGCUAUCGACUCUCAACGGAAGCACUGGCUAGAGAGGAAGCACACUAUUCCCUUGACUGAUACGCAACCCCCGGCGAAUGAAGCCACAGACGACGGAGACAACAAAAUAAAGGGCUUCUCAGUCUGGACCUCAAUGAUGCGGCGUAGUGUUCUUACAGCACAGUUUCUCGAAAAGACGCGUUACAAGAUACGGCAUACACGAAUGUUGGAUGACGUUCGUGCUGGCGUACUGCGAGAGGGGAGUACCUCGUGCAGUUCCAACGGUUGCGACGCAAACAGGGACUUGGUAGACCGCGUCAACUCUGUCUUAUUGGAGAUGGAAAGAACGACUGACCAUGUGCUGUUGAUUGGGCACAGCUCGGUUGUAUCUACGUUGUUGGCAUAUUUCUCCGGCCGAGACAUGGGCGCUCUUCAGAUUCCGCUUGGGACAGUGUACAGAUUGGAGCCAGUAGGUGCAGAAAUCCGAGUUGACUUUCAAAACUGA